AUGUCUUUCUCGGGCCCUGUCGUCGCUGGCAUCAGCCUGGGCUCUGCCAUCCUCGCAGCCAUCAUCGCCGCCUGCGUCGUUUUCGUCAUAGUCCGCACCCACUACGUGACCACUAUUGAUUGGCUGAACGGCAGAGGAGCCCGUGGUUUCCGGCCAUCCCCUCAUUCCCAGGAAACAGCCGCCUUGUGUGUGGCUAACAUAGAGGCCAUCUUCGUCGACGGUCUCAUCACCGCCCACCUUCCAAGCAUGGUGACCAGUCUCAAAUGCGCCAUCUCCAGACUUGUCCUCAUGUACAACGUAAGAUACUGCGACGUCAACCUUUCCGACACGUCGCUCUUCGAUGCUGUGGCCGGUCCGCACCAAGACUGGGGCAUUAUCCUCAACAAGAAUAACGACAGCAGGCGCCAGGAGGCCGCAGUUCAGCACCUUGUUGCCCGCAUCCUGCACUCGCGUAUGACGCCCGAGGGAGACGCCGCCACCACCCUGCUCCCUCCCGACAUCUUUUCAGUCUACCAGAAGAUGAUGGCCCGGGGCCCCAGCCGCCUCUCGGACAGGUACCCCGGGGAAUGCGCCUGGGAGUCCGAGACCUUCGCCGGCGUCAUGCGUCACGCCUGGCGGGCACAACAAGCCAAAAAUGAAGCUCUCGACGACGGCGACCCGCGCAUGAAGAACAUCCUCGCCACCGAGCAGCUCCUAAAGGAUGUCCUAGGCCACUUCAGCCUGCGCUUCUCAGAGGAUCACGGAGAUCUCAACGGGCGCCUUCGUGACGUCACGUGGACUGCUGCCAGACUCGCCUUCCUCGCGUUCUCCUCGGCCAGGCCGGUGGAGCUGUUCUGGCCCGCCAGCGGCCGCCCCGAGACAAACGCCCCCAACAACGACGAGCUUAUCCUGAUCUGCUUCGGCGUGCGAAUCCGCAACCGCAUCCCGGGCGCGCAGAUGAUCAAGGAGGGCAGGCGACUGGAAAUGGAAGAUCUGUUCUGGGAGACUCUGAUGCAUCCCGAGGAUCACGAGGCUGAAAAGAGAAAGCGCGAUGUGGAUACGAGACUCGAUAAGGCAAAGGAGCGUCGGGGUGGCAGCCUCUGGGCCACCAGGGCCCACGAGGGCCUCAAUAGCCUUGUUCCUGGGUCCUCAGCCCGCGCUCAUCCAUAUGGGCUGUGA